UCAAACUCCCCUUUUAAGCAGCUUUAUGCAAAGUUUCAUUUAUUUAUUCCUUCUACCACAUUCUUAUAGUUUAGUUAAAUUCUACCUAAGCUUCUUUUGCUUUGAUUCCUCUCUAACUAGCUAUCUCCAAUGAAGCAUCAAAUUAUCAUACUUUUCUUUGUUAUCAUUCUUUCCUCUUUCUUAGCUUCUCCUCGCCUCAUUGUACCACCAAAUGGUUCAAGACAUGGUGAAAAAAAGGAAUUGAAGAUCAUUGGUAACACUAUAGCUCAAUCAUCCACCGAAGUGAAAGAAGAUAUGGAACAACUAAUGGGAUUAGAGGAGUGUUAUGAAAAGGAUGAAGAAUGCUUAAGCAGAAGGAUGAAUAUGGAGACUCACUUGGAUUACAUCUACACCCAACACCAUAAGCCUUGAAUCAAUUUCACUUUUAGACUUUAGUUCAAAUACAAUGUGUAUUAAUUGAGCAUGGUCAUGGGAUUCCAGUGCUUCCAACUGUGUACUUAUUUGCCUAAAGAAAUACUACGUGCUUGAUUUCAUCAGUAUAUGAAAAGAGUGUUUGAAAUUCUGAAGCUUAUCAUCUUGUAACAGAUAUGAUAAGAUAGAGAUGACUUCAUGAAUGGAAACAUUAAUUGAUAUCUAGUUACAUUUAAUAAUAAUUUUACCCUCCUCAA